AUGGAAGCACUGGAAUCCAGAGCAGCUGGGAUUGGCCCUGAGGCUGCUGCUGCACGCGCGGAGUUGCUGACUUUGCGGCAUUUAGCAAAAACUACAAAGAAAUGCCCUAAAUGCAACAUGGGAAUCGAGAAGUCAGAGGGCUGCAGCAAAGUCCUGUGUGGGAAUUGCAAGAUUCACUUCUGCUGGCGAUGUGGGCAGCUGAUCUCUGGCUACGAUCAUUUUGCCACCAGCGAAUGCCGGUUGUUCGAUGAUGAUGAGAUCCGGCGAUGGAACCAGAGGGUCCAUCAAGUGGACAAGGCUCAAGCACGGGCUCACGAGGCACGCUUUUUGGCCCAGUUUAUUGACCCAGAGCAGCUCCGACAGCAAAGUCGGGAGUGUUGGGAACUCAGACACAUGCUGCAGCUGCUGCAGUCCUCGGUGCAGGGCACCCGUUCUGCGGGAGGGAAAGAACAACCAUUUGCGCUGCUACGCGUGCAUGACGCAGUUUUGUGUCUGGAGCCGAUGAUGCCGAUGUGGGUUGCCAAUGGUUGCCAAUGGUUGCCAGUUGCCAUGGGUGUUGCCAUGAGUUGCCCUGUGAAACACCGCCUUUCCUUGCGUUUCUUGCAUGGGCACAGCUUGAGAUGUGGGAAAGCUUCGCUGCAGUUGGUGCUGUUGCUAAGGCAAGGAUUGCUGCAAGUCUUGCAGCGGCUGGACCAGGACUGGAUUGGCCGUCUCCCCGUGCAGACGUCUUGGAUCCGCGUUUUGCACAGGCCCUUGCGUUACGCGGAGCGGACCAUUGCUUUGCAACGCAUUCUCAACCAUCGCUUUGGAACGUGGGAGAUGCCAGCUGGUGGCUCAGAUGCACCUGCAAUCCACAGAGGCUGCAAGAUGAAUAUGAUGAAUACUGAAUACUCACAGCAAUGCAAAGCUUUCUUUACCCAAUCAACUGAUAUCAGAGAUAUCAACUGCGAACUUGUCUUUGCUGCAGUUUUCCACUUUUUCUGGUCGUCUUUGGUGCAGCAAGGUGCUGCCUCACCUGCUAUUGACGCAGUUCAAAGCCUGUUGCCUCAGAUCGCAGCAACCUGGCAGCUCUGUGGUUGUCAGAUGCCCCAUCCCAGGCGAUUGAUGGGGCACCCCAGUUGCAGCAUUUCAGGCAAAAAGGGAACUGCCAAAUUGCUUCGAUGGGUGGUGGGUUUCUACUGGCCAGCGCACUUGCCGCCAUACAUCCAAUUACUUUGUUGGAGGCAUUGCUGCGACUUGGACUCCAAGACACGCUUCUUGCUUGCGCUGGCUGGGGCAAUCCGAGCGGUGCAGGACCCUGCCCUCCUGCGACCGCAAAUGGCUGAGCAACCCCACGUGUUGAUCCUGGCUGAGAGUCUGGCACGUGUGUUCUUUACAGUGCGUAACGAUCAGGUACUUACAAAAUGGCAUGAUGCAAGGCUAGAAGGCUAUUGCGUUGUGUGGCAAGCGGCUGCAGACUUUGCUGUCAAGCACCUGAAAGAGGAACUGCAAGACCGCCUAGCCAAAGCGCUUGCUCGGCAUUCCAGGGCGGCCAAAACCUUGAGCCAAGGUGAGCUGCCUUCAACCAGACUGUCAGCGUGGCCUAUGGCCAGCUGUCCUGUCACACGUGAGUUCGUAGAUUUUGCGCGAGAGAAGUGUCAACCAGCCGCUGUGGGUCAUUUGAAUGUUUCCCAUUGCCCAGACCACACUCUGCGGCCUGCGGUCAUUCUGAGACUCUGCCAGCAGUUGGAUGCAUUCAACGUUGAUGCGUCCAACGAACCGACGCAGUUAUGUUUGUCCACCUCUGCUAGAAUCGAACUUGAUGCGGAUGAAGGUUUGCCAGAGGCAAGCCCCAACGCUGAGAUCAUUUCGAACGAGGUGGCUGCUGAAUCUGGUUCGGCUCCAUCCCAGCGCACGGUUCUAUCCUUUGGAGGUGGUGGGGCCAAGUCAAAGACAGGACCCACACCUUCAUCAGGUAGUCCAGCACGAGAGCCUCAAGCCUUAGGCUUCGAGUUCGCAGCAAGGGGAAGGGGUGCCGCCGGCCUUCGCAUUGCACAAGAUGUGCGAAAGGAAAGCAGUGGGGAAGCCCCUAAAAUGGUGCGCCGGUCUAUUGACUGGAAUGACACGAGAUUUCUCGAGCAAUUGGUCAGGCUUGGACUGAAGGCUGGAGAUGAAGGAUGGAAGAAAAGCUGGGAAGAGUUGUGUGAAAAAAGAGAAGUUGCGCCGACUUUCUCUUCAGCGCAAAAACCUCCCAGACAGGUCCUGGUUGAGUUUGUGGAAGUCAACCUUUAUCAAACAAGCGGCAAGGAUUGGGCGCAGCCUCUUUUGUACAAAGCAGAGGGUGAGGAGGACCGCGUCCAAAUUGACUUGCCCACAUCAGAUGAGGAGCUUGAUGGCAAUCAGGCAGGAAAGCCUGAAACUGGGGGUGAAAGCGAUCUCCAGGCCGUGGAUGUUGCUCCUUCCUCAGCUGAGUUGUCAGCAAUUUCAGCACAUCAAUCAGAUGGGCUUGGUGGCUUCAGCAAUGGGCCCAUGGAGCCCACGGAGCCAGAAAAUCGGAAAGCUCAGGAGCAGGAUAGCCCGCCAAAGACACAGGAGAUUGAGGUGGAGUCCCAAAAGAAUGAUUCAUUGCGAGAAGUGCCGUCGGCGGGUCCGCUGGCAAAUACCGACAACAAAAAGGAGAAGACGAAAGACAAAAAGGAGCGAAAAGAGAAGAAAGAAGGAGAGAAGACAAAAAAGGAAAAGAAAGAAAAGCGGAAGCUGGAGGGGGAGAGCUUGCAGGCUGGAGAGAGUCAGAAGGCAAAAGUGACCGAGCUGCGGUCAUCAGACUCUGGCGACAGCAUGGAGGCACCUCCCUCACACGAGUACAAGACUAAAUACUGCCCCGCUUUUUUGAAGGGUCAAUGUCACAAAGGAAACUUAUGUACGCUUGCCCACUCCGAAAGUGAGCUUUUGAAGCCUGGGGAGGCAGCUUCAGAUUAUCGAGACAAACUCCGGGCCAGAGCAAAGCAUCCUGGCCAAGGAGUUCGAGAGCCUGCUUCGCAAGUUCCUUCCAACAGGAUGCGUGCCUGGCCCCAAGACAAAGCUCGGUCGAGAGGUGUGGCUCCAUCGCAGCCAAUGAUGGGAAUGCCGCCCAUGAUGGAUCCCAUGAUGAUGGGAGCUGGGCCUUUCGUGGUGGUGCCACCGGAGAUGAUUCAUAUGCAGGUCCCUCAGUUCCAUCCACAGAUGGCAAUGAUGAUGGAUCCAUAUGGCAUGCAAAAAGAGAAACGCUCAAAGAAGACCAAAGAACGCAAAGAGGAAAAGGACAAGAGCAAGAAGGCUGGAAAGGAAGUCCAGGUCAUGAAGCCAAUGAAGGAAACCAAAGAGCCCAAGUCGAAGAAAGAGAAAGGCGCCAAGCACAAGGAAAAGGUGCCACAAGCGGAGAAGGCUGGGGCUGUGAGGAAGGAACGAAAAGUUGAUGAGGAAGACUUGUGA